UUCACUUGGCACCAAAUAUAAUUUCCAUUUUUUUAAUCAAUGCAUUUUUUUAUUUUCUGACGGACAUCUUGAUUUUGUGGACGACGAGCUCCAUUAAGCCUCCCGUUCGCUCAACCGUUCCAUCUAGCCUUCCAUCAAGCCUGCUUCCCAGCUUUAAAACUACCAGGCUUUGAUAUAGCUCAUAUGCCUAACGUAGAUAUCAUAUAGCUGCGCGCAAUGGAGCAGAUGUAUGAGAAUGCGCGCCAUGGCGGCAAUCUCGUAUGGGUCGCGGCUGCAGGGCAGGAGGUCGAGGAUGCAGUGGAGCAUGUAGUAGAGGAUCCGCCUCGGGUGACGCAAAACUUUGUAAGCCAAGCGCUCGUGAACGUGUUAGGGCUCUUUGUACGGCCUGCCGCAUUUCUUCGAGUAUUGUUGACAGAUGGCGGAAGUGCACCCAUCCUAGGACAAGCCGUGCUUCGGUUGAAGCUAGGUCCGAUCCGGAUAAAUCUUCCAGCGAUAGUGCUGUCAGCACUAGCAUCGGCAGCUGAUGUGAUUGUGGGCAUCGAUUCCCUCGAACGGUAUGGUGCUGACAUGAACCUAGGAAAGAAUACCUUGACCAUCUAG